AUGGCCAUUAUCACUGGACUAGGAUACCUUGACAAGUCAGAAUAUUUAAUUUCGACCUCAGCUACUUCUAUAUCGAUAUCAUGGGAAGAGCAUCGUGUUCCGAGAGGAAACACUGCGUAUGUGAUCAAGUAUCGCAAAAUUUCCGAAGAUUGCUUUACCAGCAAAACAACGAACACUCCUUUUGCCGAAAUAGACGAAUUACACAAUGACACUGAGUACCGAGUAAACGUUUACUGGGAAAAUGCAGAUGGAGAUAACGUCAAGUUAUUAGAAGAAGUAUGCACAACAGAGAAGUCAGACAUGGAUUACUUAAAAUCUCAAAAUACUUCAAUAGACAAGACCAGAACAGGACAACCUGUAUUAUAUCAAUUUCAUCCUGUACACAAGCGAGAAGAAAAUGGAAAUGACAAGGACAAAGCUCCAAAGUCAAAAGAAGAUUCUACAAAUUAUGAAGUGCUCCAGAUUUGUGAUAUGAUUGCAGAAUAUGAUCCAGGUAUAUAUACAUCUAACGAAAAGACAGUGCUUCUGUUGGGAGCUACAGGUACUGGGAAGAGUACGCUUAUAGAUGGAUUGAUCAAUUAUAUUGCGGGAGUGUCUUAUAACGAUGAUUAUCGAUUUUCAUUAAUUCACAAGACUAAAGAAGAGAGGAUACAGUCGGAAACUCCAGGACAAUCACAGACUUCAACAACUACUAUCUACAGAAUACCCGAACUUGAUGGCUCCAAAGUAAGCUUUAAAGUAAACAUUAUAGAUACUAUUGGGUUCAUAGACACGAGAAAACAUUUUGACAAAAAACUUACCGACCAACUCCAAACUCUUUUUGGUGGGAUUAUAGAACAUCUAGAUGCAGUCUUGGUCGUUAUUCCGUUAUCAACACAACGAUUAACGGAAGGACAAGAAUACGUUUUUUCAAGUAUCUCAAAACUCUUUGGUAAGGAAAUCGAAGAAAAUAUUUGUGUUGCAAUAACACAUGAUGACGGCGGAGAACCUACAUGCUUGGGUCUUCUCGAAAAAGCGCUAAAAAAGUUUCCACAAGGUAACGUUUUUAGAUUUAACAAUUCAUUUGUUCUAAAAAAAGCCAAGCAAAACAGACCAAACAAGUGACAAACCGUCUGACCAAAUUAAGAGAGAACAGGAAGAGCUUUGGAAAAACCGAUCCGUUACCUUUUCUAAACUAUUUAACAAAAUGAAUGAAUUACCAAAGACCACGGUCAAGUCAAGCCAUGAGGUAAUGGCUGCAAGACAUAGACUGCAAAUUCAACUAAAAGCACUAGAGAGCAGCAUAAUGGAACAGGCACAGAGAAUCGUAAAUUACAAAAUAGCAAAAGAACUCGAACAUAGUACCGAAAAAACAGAUCAAUCAUUUUCCAAAAAAGUGUAUGUAUAUAAACAUCAACAUACCGGUAGAACAUCAAUUAAUUGUCGAAGCUGUAAAAGAACUUGCCACGGGGGCUGCUGGGUUCCAUUAGAUAUGCUUACUUGGACAUGUGAAUCAAUUGUCGAUAGUAAAUGCACUGUUUGUAAGAAUAAUUGUAGUAUUAAAGUUCACGAUCGCGAGAAAUACGAAUACAUGUUAACUCUCGAAGAACGAGUGUUCACCGUCGCAGAGUUUGUCAGAUCGUUUGAAGAGUCUUUUUUGGAAUUCUUAAAAACUAUUAACAAAGUGAACGUAUUAAUUAAAGAGCUCGCGAGUAAAGCGUUGAGACCAGAUGUGCUGACUACACAAGGAUAUAUCGAACACAUAAUUAAAGAGAAUAAUGAAGAGAAACAAGAAGACUAUGAGUCACGAGGAAAAGUACUAACUAAGGUUAGAGACUACAUUGACAAAGGAGUUUUGAUUUGGAACCUCAAGUUGUCGCACCUUAUAAAGUAGAAAUUGAUUUUUACAGACUUUAUUCUUUCACAUGUGUUAUGUAAUAUAAUAAACUGAAACGCAUGUAUGCUGUUUAAACCUAAAAUGUAUAAGCAAAUUAUGUUAUACUGAUAGUGAUUUGAUUUAAAUUUUGUAUGCGGUAUUAGUUGACACUUGUAGAGAUACAUUUGGUUUUUGAUUUCUGUACAGUUUGUUCUUAUUUGAGAACGUAUUGACACAUUAAAUCUCACUUUUUUGCAUUACAAAAAUAUGUAUCUAGAUUAAGAAAAAAAUAAAGGUACAUUCUGUAUUGGCAAUAAAUCAAAAGAGGCAACAGAUACUAAGGAGACUUCUAGUCUUGUUGAUGUCUGCCUGAGAUAUUAACAGCGGUCUCAUAUUUUUAGUACUUAUAUAUCCUUGUCCAAAACGUAGUUCUUCAAAUGAAACCAUAGUAUGGAGCUAAUGGCUUUGUUGACGUAAAAAAAAAAUCCGCUAUUUCGAGUUUUCCCCAAAUAUUCGGCUAUUGUAUCGAUAAUAUAUUAGUUGUUUCUUGAGUUAAAGUUGAUGUUUUCUUAACCUCAAUAAUUAAUAUUCGAUGUAAUGGUGAUCCUAAUCACAGUAUCGUUGAAACACUCUUUCAUCAAGAAAAGAUCCUGCCAUUGAUGAGAAUGAAUAGUACAGUUAUCAAUAGCACCAAAAUAAAUUAUAUUUAUCUGAAGUGCUUUCGUCAGAAACGCUCAGACCGAAAGAUCAAAAGCCAGGACAGUGGUAAAUAUGGUAUAUACGUAGACACGUAGCUCAAAAGUUUUA